CCCCCCCACUCCCACAAUGCCUUUCGCGCCUCAGAAGGCCAAAAUGGCGGCGCCCGCUGUGCGAGGCGCUCUUUGAGGUUCGGGUGCGGUUGCUAUGGCAGCGGCGAGCCUGUCCUGGCGUGGCUCGUGGGCCUUAGGCCGGGCCGGGCUCCGGGCCUGGAGAGGGCGACGGUCGCCGCACUGCGCCGGUUCAGGUAUCAGCCUCUAUUUUUUGAAGGACCAAUCCCAACAGGUCAGGAUUUUCCCUGCCUGCUUGUAUGGAAAUGACUCUGCCCUGGAUCACAUCCUUGGGAUUGGUAAUGAAGAACCCGUGUGUUUGGUUGGUCAGCAUCCACCAGCUGUGAGUGCCUUUAAAGCUGAGCAAGACAAUUUACUGGGGCACCAACCAGAUCAGCCUGACAAUCCCAAAGCCUUGAGAAUUGCCAUUAUUGGGGCUCCAAAUGCUGGGAAAUCAACUCUGUCAAACCAGCUCUUGGGACGCAAGGUCUUGCCUGUCUCCAAGAAGGUGCACACAACGAGGCGCAAUGCCCAGGGCAUCAUCACAAAGGAAGAUACCCAGCUGGUGAUCUUGGACACUCCAGGCCUCAUCACACCCGUCAAAGCCAAAAGGCAUCACUUGGAAAAACCUCUGCUGUGUGACCCCUUCAAGAGCCUGAGGAAUGCAGACUUAGUCCUGGUUCUGGUGGACAUUUCGGACCACUAUACACGGAACCGCCUCCACCCUCAGGUGCUCAAGUGCCUUUCCCACUUCCCAGACCUUCCCAGCAUUCUUGUCUUGAACAAGGUGGACUUGCUGAAGAACAAAGUCCUCCUCUUAGACCUGGUCACAGAACUCACAGAGGGAGUUGUUGAUGGAAAGAAGCUGAAAGUCAAGUCUCUGGCCAAGCCAGACUCCUCCGCCGCUGACAAGCCCCCUGAGGUCACUCAGGCUCCUGAGAGCUCAUCCCCGAAGCCUGGGCACCUGCAGGCACAUCAGCGACCUCAAGCAGGCUCCGAUUCGGAUGCCCAGGCUGGCGAUGUUGCAGAAGAUGUGGACCCCACACCAGACCCCACAAAGGAGAGCACGAAAAAGCAGAGGGAAAAAGCCCCCAAAGGCUGGCCCCGCUUCCAGGAGAUCUUCAUGCUGGCCGCUACGAAUAGAGAUGAAGUGGAGACUCUUAAGAGGUACCUUUUGAAGCAAGCCAAGCCGGGUCCCUGGGAGUUCCACAGCGAGGUCCUGACCAGCCAGACCCCACUGGAGGUCUGUGAGAAUAUCGUCCGGGAGAAGGUCCUCGAGUACCUGCCUGAGGAAGUGCCCUACACAGUCACCCAGAGGACAGAGGUCUGGGAAGAAGGGCCCAGUGGGGAGCUCAUCAUCUUGCAAACUUUGGUGGUCCAAAAAGAGACCCACGUGAAGAUGCUGAUUGGCCCACGUGGCCUGCUGAUCAGUAAGAUUGCUCAAGAGGCUGGCCAUGACUUGAUGAAUGCUUUCCUGUGUGACGUGCGCCUGAAGCUCUGUGUGCAGCUGAAGAAAUGAGUUCCGGGCUGGGGAAAGGGGCUGUCGGUGUUCCUCCAGGAGAUGGACAUCAUCUACAGAGGCCACAGUGAGCCUUCCCCUCGGAGCUGGCCCCACUUGCUUCAGCUCGCAGGUCCUGCUGGGAACUGCCCCAAAGAACUUCAGCCUGUUGGGGUACUCAGUACCCUUCCCAUCCCAGAGAGAGCAGCAGUUGCUGAAGAGAUGAACACUUCAGGGGCCUGGCUGCCCCUCCGUUCCCAGCUUUGAUGGGAGUGACAGACAGACAGGCGGUCGGUCAGCACUCGAAUUGAGACAGCAUAGAUCUGCCUGCCUGCUCACAUUGGACAAAUUCUUAAUAUAUGCUCCCCUUUUGCUGGGAUUCUACA